AUGGUUCAAAUAUAUGAAAAUUCCCAUGUAUUUAACCAUGACUUUGCCACAGUCAGUUUAGCAUAUUUAAAUAGAUAUCCAAACCCUUUCGCCAAACAUGUGUUGAGUCUGGACACUCUUGAAUCAUUUGUGGAUGAAAAUGGGUGUUUGAAUACUACUAAAUUUGUCAUUAAACGUGGAAGAUUACCAGAAUUUAUGAAACCAUUUCUUGGUGGAAGUUUAGAUUCUUGGAUUAUUGAAAAGACUAUGAUCAACCCAAAGACCGAGGUGAUGCUUACAUAUACUUCCAACAUAGACCAUCGAAAGUUUAUACGGGUGGAAGAAUAUUUACGUUACAGUAGUUCUGGAGAUUCUACCACAAAUGUAGUUAGUCGGGUGAAAUUCUCAUCAAACUUGUUCGGAUUUAAAAGACGGAUUGAAGAAUGGAGUCAUAAAAGAUUUGCUAAAAACCUCACCAACUCAAGAGAAGGACUUCGGUUUGUUAUGAAUAGACUCAAGGAGAAGGGAGGAUGGACUCAGCUUCAACAAUAA